GAAAAUUUAUCUACAGAUGACUUAAAUUUGGAUGUUUCUUGGUAUAAUGAAAGUAAAAAAAUGAUUCCUGGUGGACGUUUUCAAUACUGGCGGAAAGGGUUUGAUUGCAAUCUAGAAAUAUUUGACUGUACUAUCAAUGACUCGGGUAAAAUCACUUGUGUCGUACAGAAUUCAACUUUUACUGCUUCAGACUCAAUAUUUUUACGUGUAUAUGAUGACGAUAUAGCAGGUGACGAGCCCACAUUUGUGAAAAGUUUAGAAUACGAAGAAAUUAACGGUUGCUUACAGUUGAAAUGUCACGUGAGAGGUCAUCCAGUACCUUAUGUUACCUUUAUGUUCCACAAUUCUCAUCUAAUUAACAACCAACGAAUAAACAUCAUUCGAAGAGAAGAAUGCUGGACUUUACGUGUUCGAGAAUGUACAGUUAAUGACGAGGGUAGAUAUAUAGCUAUAGCCAGAAACCGUAUUGGAAGAAGUAUAUCUGAUGUCAAAGUUAUUCUUCACAAUAAAAAUUCAUAG